AGAGGAGGGCACAGUUACCUCGCGCUUCGGAUGGCGUCAGCGGUCUCCAGGCAACAGGCCAGUAGUCAGUCAGUCAGUCAGAUUUCUCAAUCAGAGCGGAGAGAGGCGGCAGCGGCGUCGGUCAUGGCCCUCUCAAGGAUCCGGUGCUCAAUGUUCUGGUUCACCGUGAACGGCAUGUGAACACACCUCGGUGCUGUGCUGAAGAACAGAACGGACGCCCGGGUACCGACCGAACCGGACGCGUUUACGCGGAACGCGACGCGAAGGUGUUCUCUGAGGGAAUUUUACGCGUCGAUUUAAUUUGACUAACGUUAGUUGUAGUUUAUAGUUUCACAUGUCAGCGUCGAGAUAUUUUAAAAAGGCUUUAGGUUUUAUUCAUGACUUUGAUUUUAAAACACAAUUACUUUCCAACCGCCGAACUGUGGAGAAAAUCUAACCGACUUUGAACUUCAUCACACGACGACUUUCCCUGAGAAAAAUGAUGAAAUUUCAUAAUUCUGAUCUGUGGAUUGCUUGGCUGCUCUUCUUUUGUCUGAAUGUGUGUGUGCGAGCUCUCGAAGUGACGGUGAGUCAGAGCAGCGUUCAGGUGGCCAGAGGUCAGGCGGCCGUCCUGCCCUGUACGUUCACCACCAGCGCCGCCCUCAAUAAUCUCUACAUCAUAUGGAUGGUCACGCCGCUGGCCAACGCCAACCAGCCAGAGCAGGUGAUCAUCUAUCAGGGCGGGCAGGUGUUCAGUUUAGCCAAUCACAUGAACGGGCGUGUGGGUUUCGUGUCCACCAUGCCCAGCACAAGUGCCUCAAUCUUCAUCAAUAACACGCAGCUUUCGGACACGGGGACGUACCAGUGCCUGGUCAACAACCUGCCCGACGCGGGGGGGCGCAAUAUCGGCGUCAUCGGCCUCACUGUGCUGGUUCCUCCAUCCAUCCCGUCGUGUCGGAUUCAGGGUUCGCUGGACGUGGGCAACGACGUGAUGCUGUUGUGUGGUUCGGACGAGGGCAUCCCGACGCCCACCUACGCCUGGGAAAAGCUGGAGUCGGUGCCCAAACUGCCCCACAAUGCCAUGCAAGAUCAGAUGCAGGGUACGGUCACAUUGAGGAACAUCAGCACCAGCACAUCUGGAAUGUAUCAGUGCACGGCAUCAAACGCCAUCGGAAAGAGCACCUGCGUCCUCAAUCUCCAGGUCGUGGCACCGCAGCCUCAGAGCGUGGGUCUGAUCGCAGGAACCAUCGCCACCGGAAUUCUGGCGCUCAUCAUCUGCUCUUUACUGGUGGUCGUCACGCUCUUCUACUGGAGAAACAAGAACAAAUAUGAGGAGGAGGAGAUUCCCAACGAGAUCAGGGAGGACGACCUUCCUCCGAAGAGAUCGUCAUCGGUCAAAGCGUUCCAGGCGGACGCCUCGUCUUCAGAGAACGACACUCUGACGUCCACCAACACCUACAACAGCCGCUACUGGCACAAUCCCAAACCCAACUACGACACCAACUCCUACACGCGCUACAACGGCGACACGCGGCAGACCUUCACCGGCGGCUCGGCCGCGCCGGGAAACGCGCCCUCGCGGCCCGCCUACGCCAACGGCAGCCACACCCUGCCGCCGCCCAAGACUCUGGUGGUCACCACAAACUCCGCCCCCUCGCCGCCCGUCAUGGCCCGCAGUAACGGCUCGCUGUGCCUCCGCCCGCCCGUCGCCACCGCGCCGGCCGCGACGCACGGGCAGCAGCACACGCACUCGUACGCCGUGAGCCAAGCCACGCUAGAGCGCAUGGGCGCCGUACCCGUCAUGGUGCCGGCGCAGAGCAGAGCCGGGUCGCUCGUCUGACGCGACGGGCCAAAUCAAACUCUUUUAUAACCGAGUUCAGCUGAUGCCAACUAAAACUGCUCCGUUAACGUCCCCCCGCGCCCUUGUUUUUCAUAUUGCCUGUUUGCUUGUUCAUUUUUUAAGUCGUGACGAUGAACUGGCUUCGCUGCAGGCGGAUAAACGGGCCCCAAAAUCACGUAUUUCUCAAACCCCAUCACCUCCUCCAGAGAAAAUAUCUGAAUGUGCAUGAUGCUUCGUUUGAUUCGAAUACGGCUUUUAUUGCUUUCUAACACUGGAAUGGCAGAGGAACAAGUGUGCGGCCGCAGAGUUGGACGGCGUGGCCUUCGAUUUUGGACGAGAGGUUUGACUGCUGAGUUUCAUAUGAAAGAAAAGUCUUACAUUGAUUUGUCUUAACAACCCUAAUUCAGCACUACUGACUAGAGCCGUAGUCUACCUCUAAAACACUACAGAUAGAGUCUAAUCCAUAGCGUAGGUCUCAUCGUGGAGUAUGAAAGAAUCCACUUCAAUCGGGUGCUGCUUUCAAACAGGUAGUUGCAUACUGUCCUCUAUGUUAUAUGAAGGAUUACUGAGAAACGUUUGAGAUAUUAACACGUUCACUGUUCAUUCUGAUCAUUUGUUUGGUUGUUUUUUUAAAAUACUGUAAAUAAUGUAACUACUUGUAGAAUAGAAUGUGAAUUAAAACAUUCUUUUGCCCAAAUCUCACUUG